AACUUCCACAUUAAAUCCAAUUCCAAUUCAUAAGUCCAAAUACAACCCAUCUCCCUAAAAUUGCUCUGUUCCAUUUCUUCUUUGGAGCUCUUGAAUUUUGGAUUCUCGUAACCAUAAUUAGCUAGCCCAGACACCUGAGUUAUCGAAAAAAUUCUCUCCCAAACAACCCAUCAUGGAACUCGUUCCAGGACUUCCCAACGACGUCACUCUUGAAUGUCUAAUUCGCUUACCUUUCGAUCAGUUCUCAGUGGCUUCCUCGGUAUGUAAGGGUUGGAAAGCAGAGAUUGAGCUGCCGGGAUUUCGACGGCAUCGGAAAUCGGCUGGAUUUACCAGAUCAAUCAUGGUCUUGGCACGGGCUCGGGUCGGUCCGACCCGAACUUCGCAUGUAGCCAAGCUAAAAGCUAGGCUAGUCUAUCGGCUCACGGUUUAUGACCCAGAAACGGGUUUCAGGUCGGACCUUCCGCCAGUUCCGGGUUUCCCAGAUGGGUUGCCGAUGUUUUGCCAUAUUGUCGGAGUCGGGUCGGAGAUGGUUGUGGUGGGUGGGUGUGACCCGGUGACUUGGCAGGUCUCGAAUUCGGUUUUUAUUUACAACUUUGUCACCGCCGCGUGGAGGCGUGGGGCUGAUAUGCCAGGUGGGCAAAGAUUGUUUUUCGGAUGCGCGUCGAAUUUUGAUCGGACGGUGUACGUUGCGGGCGGUCACGAUCAUGCAAAAAAUGCAUUGAAAUCAGCAAUGAUGUAUGACGUGGCAAGAGACGAGUGGGUCCAACUGCCUGACAUGGCAAGAGAGCGAGACGAGUGCAAAGCUGUAUUCCACCAUGGCAAGUUCUACGUCAUCGGCGGGUAUCCCACGGAGAAUCAAGGCCGUUUCCAGAGAGAUGCCGAAGCGUUCGACCUUGCCACGUGGCAGUGGGACCAGGUCCAAGAGGAGUUCUUGGAUGCUGCGGUGUGUCCGAGGACUUGCGUGGAUGGCCGCGACGGAAGGCUUUACAUGUGCCACAAACGCAACGUGACUGCACGCGAGGGGUCCGCGUGGCAAGUCAUAGCUGGGCUACCCGAUGCCGUGGCAAAUACGGCUUACGUGGCAAUGUGGCAGGGGAAGCUGCUUGUGAUUGGUUCCUCGAAAUUCGGUGAGCCCCACGGAGCCUAUUUGUUGGAUUUGAAGAAUUUCAGCUGGGAAAAGCUAGAGUCGCCGGAGGAACAUUCCGGCCACGUUCAGGCUGGCUGUUGUAUGGAGAUAUAAACAAAAAAGCACAAGAGUGUUGUGCUAGUUUGUGCAUAUGCAUAGGAAGGUAAAGAAAACAAAACAGGGUUAGAAAAGAAAGUCGUUUGUAGUUCUUUCUUUUUCUGGGGAUAAAAAUGGAAGAGAGCUAGAUAUUAUUGCCCAAUUUCUUGUACCGGUAUAACUCCAAGAGUUUGAUCCAGCGGGAGUAUAAUUGCAAGGAGCUUACUUUAUUAAGCUUGCGAGUUCAACUCCUACCACUAGCA